UGGGAGUGAAGAUACAUGGAUCGGGCCCGACCAACUCACGGGCUUUCAUGGUCCAUGUUCUGUAUAGUUCGACUAUCGCUGAACGUUUUGAAUGACUCUGCGCGUCAAUCCAGGAAAUGACAAACCUACUUGUUAGCUCGUAGUGCCAACAUUUACCAAUGUUAAAAAUGAGGUUGGCAUACAUGAGCUGGUUGCUUCUAUUUAUAAUUCAAAGCCUGCUCUUGUAAACAUUAAUGUGUUUAUGAUGUUUUGUUAAAGCAAUGUUAUAAUUAUGUAAAUUUGUCGCUCUUAUGUUUUUUCAUGCACAGUGUAAUAAAAGAAUAAUAUUAGUAAUAAUAACGAAACAAGAUUUGUACAACAUGAUCUACGAUUUGAGAUAUUCGAGAAAAGCAUCUUGCGUAAGUGUUCUGCUGGUGACAGUUGUUCUAUUACACUACAGUGAAGCAUGUCAAGAUCAACAGUGGUGCUCAAGCCUUACAAGUUUUUGCAAUCGUUCGGAUAUCAUAAAAGACAUGGAAAAUCUUUGUCCAAUCGCGUGUGGGUACUGCAACAUGACCACUGAUGAUAACUAUACAACCUGGAGCGACUGGUCACAUUGUUCUACCUCGUGCGGUGAAGGUUACCAAACAAGAUUUCGUAAAUGCAAUUCCACAUCGUUUUGUAAAUCUGACGAACACGGAAAGAAUCUUGUUCAGAAUAGAAAAUGUGAGGAAGCGCCAUGUGGUAUUUGGCAACCUUGGCAAUCGUGGAGCGAAUGCUCUUCCACUUGUGGAAAUGGAAUCCAGCGGAGGGAUAGACUAUGCUCAGGUGGGAGAUGCCGAGGAAAAUAUUUUGCAUCUCGUUCAUGUAAUGAGGAACCUUGUCCGAUCUGGUCAGAAUGGACAACUUGGUCUAAAUGCUCUGUUACGUGUGGAAAUGGAAUCAAAACAAGAUUGAGGUCAUGUAUUGGCGGCAAACCAGGACUAGAUUGCCACGGACAUGAAUCAGAGGAAAUGACCUGUACGAUGACGCCUUGUGUGAAACCGAAUAUCUGCAGAAAUUUGAAACCCUGGUGUCAAAAUUAUCAUCACGACUGGUGCAAAACUUGGUAUUUUGGGAAAUUUUUAGAAAUAUCUUCGAAACGUAUACAUAUCAUAGUGGUUUUCGUCGAUAUAGGUCAUAAAAUUAAAGCUCAUCAAACACUAAAGUUGACUUUCGGAAAUAUGGACUCCGCCGUUGUUUUACGGCUUUUAACCUUCAUUCUUUUUGGAGGAGUGCUCGGUGACAACAACGGUAGCCCCGGAUUAAGUACGGAUGCUUGUGUGGACCAGCAGGAUUGGUGUCCAUCAAUGGUACAGUAUUGCAAAGAACACGAAGUCAUGGUACCAAUGUGCCGUAAAACAUGCGGUAAAUGCGAUGUAAAGCCAACAAUUAUCCCUGGAACGCCAAACACGGGUGAGGGCGGAUUGGGCUGCGGAGCUCUCAAUUGCGAACACGAUUGUGAGGCGAAAAAGUGCAAAUGCAAAAAGGGAUAUGAACUUCAAGCUGAUGAAAGAUCUUGCAAAGAUAUUAAUGAAUGUAACGUUGAGAAUCCUUGCAAUGAGACCUCGAAAUGCAUAAAUACAAAAGGAUCUUACAAAUGCGAACAGACGCGAUGCGAAAAAGGGGAAAUGCGGUAUUUUGAAGGAAAAGAAUGCUGUCGACUUUCUGAAGGCAGGUGCGGACGAAAUUCCGCCAAUGGCGGUUUCGGUGCUUUCGGCCACGAUUCCAUAGUGACAAGGUGGCCCUGGAUGUCAUUGAUUACGAUCGAAAAAACAAAAACAAGAUGCGGAGGGAUCGUAAUUCACAAACACUGGGUCUUGGCAUCAGCUCAUUGUUUCAAGGAUGCAAAGCCUGCAGAUGUCCACGCUUAUUUCGGCAUAGUAAACACUAAGGAACAUACAGGAGUUAAGAAAUUCUCUCAAGGAAGGAGAGUCAAUCGGAUAAGAAUUCAUCCCGAUUAUGACUAUCCAUCGAAUGACGUAGCAUUGAUUCGUCUUACACGAGAGGUCAGAUUGUCAAACUACGUUAACGUCGUGUGUUUGCCUCACAACGAACAACCUUCCGAAGGUCAACAAUGUUAUGCAACGGGAUACGCCAUGUCAAUUGAUCGUGGUGAAGUCAUUCGAUGGUUACAACAAGAACCAGUACAAGUUACAAAUGGAGGAAGCUGUAAAUUGCCGGAAUCCAAAAGACGUUUGGAAAAAGAUAUGUUGUGUGUUUCACACGAAAAAAAUAAAAAGCAGGGGGACUGUCAAGGUUCAUCUGGAGGUCCUUUAGUUUGCCAACGUUGUUCAUCGUGCGAUUGGUAUGUUGCUGGGUUGGCUUCAGAAGGAAAGGAUUGUAACACUGUCAAAAGUGGAAGCGCAUUCACAAGUGUAUCAAUUCAUGAAGCCUGGAUACGAAAAAUAAUUGGAGCUCCGGCAAUAUCACUAAGAAGUGGUGCUGCUUGCCAGUUUCCAGGGAAAGGAAAUAGGGAAAAACCUUCAUGGAACAACUGGGGUGAAUGGUCCAAGUGCACAGUUACAUGUGGUACAGGAACAUCAGUUCGCGAGCGUUCAUGCGAUGGAGGAAAUGCAGGGGAUGGCGGGUGCGUGGGUAGUAUGCAAGAAUCAAAAACAUGUUCAGUUAACGAUUGCCCAGGUUGGUCGGAUUUCGGAGAAUGGAGUUCGUGUUCUGUAACAUGCGGUGGCGGAUCUCGCGAACGAAGCAGAACCUGCAGAGGAAGUAAAAUUGCAAGCAGAGACUGUCCUGGCGAUAGGCUUGAGAUUGAGAAUUGUAAUGAUGUUCCUUGUCCAAAAUGGACUCGCUGGGGUAAAUGGUCGAAAUGUAGUGUGACAUGCGGAAGGGGGCGACAAUCAUCACAAAGGCAAUGCGAAAAUGGUGAGAUUGGGGACAGAGGGUGUGGAGGAAAGCAUACUAAAAACAAAGCCUGCAGAAGACCUAAAUGCACGUCUUGGAGCAAUUGGACAUCAUGGUCAGAAUGUUCAACAACUUGUGGUAACGGGAUUAAAACAGCCACUCGAAAUUGCAUAACUGGAAGAAAAACUUCGAAGAAUUGUGAAGGAAAUUCCACAAAAACACAAACUUGCAAUACAGAGGAUUGUGAGGGAUGCGCAAAGUGGUCAGAAUGGACAGCAUGUACCAAAACCUGCGGCGGCGGACUCCAGGAAAGAAGUCGGACUUGCACAUCAGACUCUGCAACUCAGGAAGAAAGUGUUUGCAAUGAUAAAAAGUGUCCCAUUUUUUGGAGUGAUUGGGCGAACUGGACAGAGUGCAGUGUUUCAUGUGGACCUGGUCAAGCAACAAGAACCAGAACGUGUGAAGGUGGUAAGCCAGGCGAUCCAGGAUGUCGUGGAACAACUACAAACAACAGACAGUGCAACCUUGGAGAGUGUCCUUCUAUCCCAAAAUGGUCGGCAUGGGGGCAAUGGAGCAAUUGUGAUGCUGUUUGUGGAAGAGGUUUUAAAAUAAGAGAAAGGGUAUGCGAUGGUGAAUCAUGUCCUGGUAUGCCAUUUGAAGACAAAGAUUGCUUUGUUGAAUGCGAAACAAAAGAAGUGUGCUCGGAACUUGUAGACCAUAUUCUCUAUUGUGCAAUGAGCGCUGCUUGGUGCACAAUUCAGCCAGAAUUUAUGGUGGGAAGAUGCGAUAAAACAUGUUGUCAUGAAGAAUAUCGAUUUGCCUUUUCAGAAUGGUCAUUAUGGUCUGAAUGUACCGAAUCCUGUGGCACGGGUUAUAUGACAAGAAGGAGGCGAUGCACAUACCCAUCUCUAUGUGCAAAAUUUAACGCCCCACUCGAAGAAACCAAAAAAUGUAACACUCAUUCAUGUUCCGCUCGUUUUCUCCAAGAAAUGUGUACUGCGUCAUGCGGUGGAGGAAUUCGCCAUCGUAGAACCCUGUGUGAUGGAGUGGAAUGCAUUGGCAUGAAGUUAGUAUCCGAACCAUGCAAUACGCAUUCAUGUACGAGUUCGCUUUCACUUUGGAGUGAGUGGAGUCCUUGUUCACAAAGUUGUGGUAUGGGGUCAAAGCAAAGAGAAAGAACUUGUUCAGGAUCUCCAUCAUUUUGCAAUGAACAGCUUGAGCAAAUAGAAGAAUGUAUAAUUACAGAAUGUAACGGAACGUGGUCUCAGUGGCAACCUUGGGGACUCUGCUCUGUGAAGUGCGGGAUUGGAACUAUUAAGCGAUUCAGAUCUUGCGUGGAAGGUAAUUGUGUAGGAUCUAAUGAAGAAGAAGAAGCGUGUGUGACGUUUGAUUGCCCGACAGUCAUGGGAUGUGAAGACGAAUCCUCAAUGCGACUUCUCUGUCCGUUAUUAACAAACUAUUGUGACAAUGCCUACACUCAGUAUGCCUGUAGGAAAUCUUGUAAACUAUGUGAAGAAUAAUUUCGGGAAAUCGUUUUUUUCACUUAAAUACGGGAAAAUUUUUUUGAUCAUGAUAAUCGGCAUGUGCAAUAUAGCGGAAAACGAACAAAGUGAGAAGCCCGUAUUUGAAAAUAGGGUCAAAUAUAUGAUACACAAAAUUUAAUUGGUUGUGUGGUAUAUUGUCAGCACCAUGUCCCCUAUUCCGCAAUAUAAUGCUAAGGGCAUCCAUAGAUAUUUCCUAAAACGGCACAUGCCUUUGUUGUAUUAAAUAUGCUUUGGAUUGUACCCAGAAUUUCGACACGAUUAUAACCUGUUGUUGAAUCAUUGACUUAGCAAAGCGCUUGAGCUCACUUUCACUGUAUAUCGCCUAGUGGUAGACCCCCUCAAUUUCUUGUAGGGCCCACAAAAUCGUUUCCACGCGUAGUAAGUGGGUGGAUAGGAACUUAGGACAAAUUCGGAAACAUUCAUAUGGCCGCAAGAUGUAAUUCCCAAAAUGGGUUGCACUCGCACUGUCGUAUCGUAUCAGUAUUUUCUAUUGCAUUGUUCACUUUUUUCUAAUAAUGCAUUAAACAUAUUCAGGAUUCUGUUAUAACUACUGUUUUGUAAUUAUCAAUAUUUUUCUGUGGUCAUCGCUAUAUGUGUACUUUUUUGAUUGCUUGUGAAUAAAAUUAAAAAAUGUGACCCAA